AUGGCAUCCCAAUUUCCCUCUCAAGCCCGUUCUCUUUACCGAUCUAUCCUACGGGAACUACCCCAGCGCCCGCUCUCAUCACCAUCACCCCUCGCAGCCCGAAUCCGCAUUCACCUCGCCUCGCAGCCGUCGCCAGAAAACAACAACACCAGGCGAAGGCAGAUGGCACAGGCACAGAUGGACGAAGCGGAGCAAAUUAUGCAGUAUUUGAGGGCUCAAAGACAAUACGUCACGUUGCUGGAGCGUUAUAACCCAGGCGCCAAUAUGGAUGAGGAGGAGCGGGUGAGGUUGACCGCGAGAAGGGUGGGGAUGGAAUUACCCAUUGAGGCGGAGAGUAUUGAGAAGAGCGAAUAG